AUGCCAAAGACGGUUGAACGCACUCGCAAAGCCAUUGCGAAGAAGAAGGGCGGUUCUAUCGUCGCACUUCAUGAGAACUCACGCAACUCCAAGCGGCUUCACCGAGCCCAGGGCAGGGACGAGAAGCUGGAGAAGCUCGCUGCCUCAAGAAAAAAGAAUGACCGGCCACACAUCGAGCGAGCAGCAUUUUUUCAAGAGGCAAUCAAGCAGAAUGGAGGUCAGCCUCUCGAGAGGACUGUCAUUGACGAUCUCGUAAAGACAUACAUACAUCAGUACGAUGAGGAACUGGAUGAAGUCAAGAAAGCACGACGACCAGGGCGGCCUGCGAGCGCCAGGGAAGAUCUGCUGAAGAUGAAAGUCGCCAGUCUAGAGAAGGAAUACCAAAAUGGCUUUUUGGUUCCGGUACUUGAUGUCAAGGAGGAUGCCGAGUCGCUAGACCGGUGGGAAGGCUCUUGGUCAUAUCUAACGGCUAUGAAGUGGGUGAGGGUGUCGUCUGCCGGCACCGUCCAACCUUCCAGUUUCCCUCCCAGAGGAGAUCACUAG